AUGUCCGGCUAUCAUGACAACGUCUCCUGCCCCGACGGCGGCCGGAGCUGCCACCUUUCCUUAAGCUCCCGCCUUCAUCUUCCUCGACCACCUCACCUCAGAGCCUCCUCCUUCGUCCCAGCAGUCCAGGCUACCCUGAAAGCCGGACAGAACCCGACAAUUGGUCGUUCUUACCAGGGUUCUCACCGUGGAUCGUACACCAAGAAAGGCACCGUGGGCCUCGGCACGAUGAGCCAGCGGGUAGAGGCGCAGGGCGAGGUCGCCACCGAUCGUCUCCCAGGGAGCUCCUACGGCAGCCAGAAUGGGGGUUCGCGGCGCAGGAGGGAGCCGCCUGCUAAGGAGAUAUUGGUGCAUCGGGGAGCUUUGCACGGAAUCAGCAGAUUUGGAGUAUUGCAGGAAGAUAUCGGUCGCGAAAGGGCGUCCCUGACGGAGCGGGGGAUGUGCCCCUGCAAUGUCGGAUGUGAGACUCUUUGCUCAUGCAUUUGCGUCGCACCUGAUGUUGCCGCUAUGCUGGUCGAACGGCUGACGGAAGAUGAGCUGCGCGUGCUAAAGAGAGAAGGAAACCGUGGCUCACCUCUCGUGUCAAUUGUGGGAUUUAUAGCCUUGUCUACCGACAAUAUUCCGGCCCCUGCAUCCAGCCAUGAGCAAUGUUAUCCCGUCACUAUCUUCCUGUGGAGCCAGCUUUCAACUAGAUGACCAAAGCUUCCG